AUGAUUGAUCCAACCACGACGACUACAUCCACCCGUUCAGAGAUUCGAACGGAUCCCAAUCCGCGAGGCCGUCCCCCAGCGACAUUGGCAUACCUUCAGUCCGCGCCACAAUGGCGACGACCCGUCAAUGCCUCUAUACCCAGGCUUCUCCCAGACUGUGAUAUCCUGGUUUACCCAGCCGGAAACCCCUUCGCACCCGCCUUUAUCUGCACUCUGCGUGGCCUGUUAUUCGGAAACCCUUUCCACGUCACAGUGCCCAAUGCUGAGUGGGUUGAUACGUCGACUUUGUGCUAUACUCCCUUCAACGCCGCCCUGAAAGACACCCCAAAGCUCUGUUACCACCCAAAAUACCACCUUCUCCUGUGGAGUCCCAAACCUCCACGCCUUUUUAGUCGCGAGGAGAUGGACGAGAGACAGGAAAGCGAACGCAACACGAGCAAAAAUUGGCUCUCAGUUAUUACGCAAGGAAUUACGACGUUCUACAAUGGCCAAAUUCCCGAACCUAGGUCACCCAUCAUAAUUCGACCUCGCAUCCACUUUGUCAUUCGUUCGCGUCCACUUCGCGGCUAUGGAUCUUUGAAGUCGGAUCUUGAGGGAGAUGACGAUGAUGAUGUGAAGGUAUUGGACAGACGGUCUUGA